GCUGGGCACCUUGGGGCUCACCCAUCGCGGGAGCUACAUUGGUUCUCUCACAUUGGUCAAUAUCCUCUUACCUCAUACCCAUGAUGCAUGGAAAUUCCUAUUAUUAUCCUUACGAUACUUUCUUCCUGUUUGUCCUUGCGCCGGACUUCCCGGCGCACCGAACAUACAGGGGCACCAUGACGAUCACCACAUAGAGCGCGUAGACGUCGAUGAACACAAUCUUAUAUGGUAUCUUGACUUGAUAGACACAACUGGAUCUAACAAGCAUUUUGGGGCCUCCGAACUAGGGAGGGGCAUGUGCGAACAAUCGCUUGCUGCCGCCGAUCGCGAUAUUACCCCUGCUGUUAGUGAUGGUGACUUACUCUCAGAGCCAUCGAUUCCUACUGGCUAUUCAUUCAAUUUCACAAACCGAACUAUAACUCCGCCUGAAGCAGAUACAUCAAUAGCCUCCGAAGAUCCAGGCCCAGGUCCACGAAUCGCAGAAAGUCCGAGUUCCGCAUCGCCCGCAACCUCAACCCAUACGUCGCUCGCCGACUUACCCUUCUUCUAUGCCUGCGAUUUCUGCCACGAUACUUUUGUCGGCUUAUGCCAACUUAUCGAUCAUAUUGAGCUGAAACACCGACGAGGAAGACGGUUCUACUGCAGGGCUUGUAAUGUUGACUUUGGACUGAAGAAAGACUUUCGCCGGCAUCUUGAAAGCGCAAAGCCCCAUCAGUUAUCGGCUAUUCGGUGUCGCUGCCAGAAACUACUCCGUAAGGAUAAGUUUCGUAAUCAUCUCCAACGCAAGAAGCCCUGCGACAAUAUUAUACAUUUUCUCUGCUAUUGCGGGCAUAACGUUGACAGCAGUACGCCAGAUGCAGUCUCAAGGAUCGUACAACAUAUCAGUGACUGUGGACGGGGUCGGGCGGGUCGACCAAAGAACUGAAUGACUCCCAUGUAAGAAUGGAUGGUGAAAGAGGGGAAUUGUGCAAAAGAUGACAUUAUUUUGAGUGGUUGCCACUGGAUGUUACAGGGAUGGAUACAAUUCGGAAACGAACGGGCAAUUUCCUUUGUUCUUUUUUCGCCUAAGGGGUCCA